CUAGAGCAACCAGUACAUUCGGACCGAGCGCGUCGCGCCUCUGGUGCUGGCCCACGACGCUUCGGCGCGACACGGGAGCUGGGGCUGCAGGGCCAGGGGAGGAGGCGCUGGACGUCCGGGGAGGCCGCGCGCGCGCGCCGGCGCGCAGCAGCGCGCCGAUGGUCGGGCCGCCCCGGCGGCGGCUCCUGUGCUGCGGGGACGGCUUUGCCGCGGAAGCGGGCGCCGCUGCGGCGGCGGCGCUCGCGGGGGCGCUGGCGGAGCUCGGGGCCGACUGCGAGGUCGCGGUGCGCGGCGACGCGGGCCGCACCGCCGAGAACGUGGUGGCGGACCUGGGCCGCCGCGGCGGCGGCCGGGCGGUGAGGACAGGCCUCCGCCGCGUGCUGGCGGAGGAGAGGGCCCGUGGGACGUGGUGCUGCUCAUGGGCGGCUGCGCGGACCUGGCCGCGGGCGCGCGCCCGGCGGACGUGUGCGAGGCCCUGGCCCGGCUGCACGCCGCCUGCCACGCCGCGGGGGCCAGGUCGCUGGCGCUCGCCCCGCCGCCGGGGCGGGGCGUGCCCGAGGCGGCCCGCCAGCGCCUGGGCGCCACGCUGGCCCUGUACAGCGUCGUGACCCCUGGCGUCGCGGGCUUCCUCGACCCCGCCGCGCCACCGCCGGGCGAGCGGCCGCCCGCGACCGAAGAGGCAGCGGCGGGGCUCCG